UAAAGUCUAACACCAUGACCACUCUUUUUGACAAAAAAAAAUACACAUGACCACUCUUGAGAAAAACCAAGUACUUUAUUUUGAUGAUUAUUAUAAUUUUAAACACAAUAUUAAGUUUAAUUUAUGAUUCUAGGACUUAAUUUGGCGAAGUGGUUUCGGUUCUAUGUUGGAAGACUCAGUCUAUGGACAUAUAUGUAUGUCUUUUUCUUGAAAAUUGUCAACAAUAUAAUUGGAUUUAAACCUACAUUGAUACUAAUUCAACUUAUGUUUAAGGAAUCAUUAUGUAUAAAUUGAGUUGCUAGCAAAAGGAGAUACAUCAACCAAACACUGUCUUGAGUCUCUCCUCUCCUUCCCUUACCAUAAUUUGUCAUUAGUCAUCUAACAUUUCACUCAACAUUGAAAUCAUUAUCCUAGACACAAUGGACUUUGUAAGUUGUACUCUUGUCCUUCUUUUAACAUGUUUAUCCAUUCAUACUUUUUGCUUACUACUUACAAGGAUAACAAAACCAAACUAUAAGCUUCCACCAGGACCUUCCCCUCUUCCUAUCAUAGGAAACCUCCUUGAAUUAGGACAAAAGCCUCACAACUCAUUAGCCAAACUUGCCAAAAUUCAUGGCCCUUUAAUGAGUCUCAAGUUUGGCCAAAUAACAACUAUUGUAAUCUCCUCAGCAACAAUGGCCAAAGAGGUUCUCCUAACCAAUGACAAGUUCUUGUCGAACAGAAACGUACCUCAAACCGUGUCAGUUGUCAACCACGAGCAAUAUAGUCUCGCAUUCAUGCCUAUUUCACCUCUUUGGAAGGAAUUGAGGAAAAUAUGCAACACUCAAUUACUUUCUCACAAGAGUCUUGAUUCUAGCCAAGACGUUAGGCGUAAGAAAAUUCAACAGCUUCUUGACGAUAUCCAUCAAAGCAGUCAAAUUGGUGAAGCAAUAGACAUUGGAACAACAGUGUUUAAGACUACUAUAAAUUUAUUAUCAAACACCAUUUUCUCUAUGGAUUUGAUUCACUCUAAUGGUGCAGCAGAAGAGUUUAAAGAUGUGGUGACUAAUAUAACCAAACUUGCUGGAACACCAAAUGUGGCUGAUUUUUUUUCUGCAUUGAAGAUGCUUGACCCACAAGGCUUAAAAAGAAGACAAACAAAGAAUGUAAGAAAAAUAUUAGACAUAUUUGGAGAUUUGAUUAACCAACGUUUGAAGAUGAGGGAAGGCUCGUGCGUGGACACCAACAAAGACAUGUUAGAUGCCAUGCUCAACAUUUCCAAGGAGAACGAGUUUAUGGACAAAAAUAUGAUCGAACAUCUAUCACAUGAUAUAUUUGUUGCGGGAACAGAUACCACAACAUCUACGCUAGAAUGGGCAAUGACAGAGCUUAUCCGCAAUCCAGAAGUUAUGCAAAAAGCCAAGAAAGAGUUGGAACAAACAAUUGGUUUCGGUGUUCCACUUGAAGAGUCUAAUAUCUCGAAGAUCCCAUACUUACAUGCAAUAAUAAAAGAAACACUUCGAAAGCACCCGCCAGUUCCAUUUUUACUGCCACGAAAAGCAACGAGCGAUGUUGAGAUAGGUGGCUACACUAUUCCUAAAGAUGCACAAGUGCUAGUUAAUGUGUGGACUAUUUGUAGAGAUCCAACCUUGUGGGAGAAUCCAACGUUGUUCUCUCCCGAAAGGUUUUUGGGGUCUGAUAUUGAUGUGAAAGGAAGAGAUUUUGAGCUCGUACCAUUUGGUGGUGGGAGGAGAAUUUGUCCUGGUUUGCAAUUGGCUAAUAGGAUGUUACUGUUAAUGUUGGGUUCAUUGGUUAACUCCUUUGAUUGGGAGCUUGAAGGUGGCAUGAAACCAGAAGAUAUGGACAUGGAUGAUAAAUUUGGGAUUACUCUCCAAAAGGCUCUACCCCUUCGAAUUGUUCCUCUCAAAUUAAGUAACUAGCAAGAGUAUAGUGUCAUAUUUUUUUAGGCCAUCUUUACUUUUUAUGUUAAUGGUCAUUGCAUAUUUAUUU